GGCGGGGAGGGGGUGGUAGCUGCCGCCCGGGGAGGGCCCGGAGACUUUUCCACGUUGCAAACGCCGCCGCGCGCCCAAGCCGACCCGCGCCCCGCGAUCACCGCGCCGCGCCCCCCGCUCCUCUCCUCGCCGCCCCGAUGGCGCUCGGGGCCCGGGGCUGGCGGCCCCUGCCGCCGCCGCUGCUCCUGCUGCUGGUCUGGGUGACCGGGCAGGCGGCGCCCGUGGCGGGCCUGGGCCUGGGCCCCGACGAGGAGCUGCAAAUUGAGCGGCGCUUCGUGCCCGACGAGUGCCCGCGCACCGUACGCAGCGGCGACUUCGUGCGCUACCACUACGUGGGGACAUUCCCCGACGGCCAGAAGUUCGACUCCAGCUAUGACAGAGACUCCACUUUCAACGUGUUUGUGGGAAAAGGACAGCUGAUAACAGGGAUGGACCAAGCCCUGAUUGGGAUGUGCGUGAAUGAGAGGCGUUUCGUGAAGAUUCCCCCAAAGCUUGCCUAUGGGAGUGAAGGCGUUUCUGGUGUGAUCCCGCCAGAUUCAGUGCUUCAUUUUGAUGUACUUCUGAUGGAUAUUUGGAAUUCUGAAGACCAGGUUCAGAUUCACACUUACUUUAAGCCCCCCAGCUGCCCUCGGACCAUCCAGGUGUCCGAUUUUGUGAGGUACCACUACAACGGCACGUUCCUGGAUGGGACCUUGUUUGAUUCGAGUCACAAUCGUAUGAAAACAUAUGACACGUAUGUGGGAAUUGGCUGGCUGAUUCCUGGAAUGGACAAGGGGCUGCUGGGGAUGUGUGUGGGGGAAAAGCGCAUCAUCACCAUUCCUCCUUUCCUGGCCUAUGGCGAAGAUGGAGAUGGGAAAGACAUUCCUGGACAGGCAUCUCUGGUGUUUGAUGUUGCGUUAUUGGACCUCCACAACCCCAAGGACAGCAUUUCCAUUGAGAACAAAGUAGUACCAGAAAACUGUGAGCGGAUAAGUCAAAGCGGGGACUUUCUCAGGUAUCAUUACAAUGGUACCCUUCUGGACGGCACCCUUUUUGAUUCCAGCUACUCUCGGAACCGCACCUUUGACACCUACAUUGGGCAGGGCUACGUGAUUCCUGGGAUGGAUGAAGGUUUACUUGGUGUUUGCAUUGGAGAGAAGCGAAGGAUUGUGGUACCCCCUCACCUGGGCUAUGGAGAGGAAGGAAGAGGGAACAUCCCCGGCUCGGCCGUGCUGGUGUUUGACAUCCACGUGAUCGACUUCCACAAUCCGGCAGACUCCAUCAGCAUCACCUCCCACUACAAGCCCCCCGACUGCUCAGUGCUGAGCAAGAAGGGGGACUACCUCAAGUAUCACUACAACGCCUCCCUUCUCGAUGGGACCCUGCUGGACUCCACGUGGAAUUUAGGCAAAACUUAUAAUAUUGUUUUGGGAUCUGGACAAGUCGUGUUGGGAAUGGACAUGGGUCUCAGAGAGAUGUGCGUCGGAGAGAAGCGGACAGUGAUCAUCCCACCCCACCUGGGCUACGGGGAGGCUGGCGUGGAUGGAGAAGUGCCUGGCAGUGCUGUGCUGGUGUUCGACAUCGAGCUGCUGGAGCUGGUGGCUGGCCUGCCGGAGGGGUACAUGUUCAUCUGGAAUGGCGAGGUGUCACCCAACCUCUUUGAUGAAAUUGACAAGGAUGGCAACGGAGAAGUCCUCCUCGAAGAGUUCUCAGAGUACAUUCAUGCCCAGGUGGCAUCUGGCAAAGGGAAACUCGCUCCUGGUUUUGAUGCUGAAAUGAUCGUGAAGAAUAUGUACACCAACCAAGACCGGAAUGGAGACGGGAAGGUCACGGCUGAGGAAUUUAAACUCAAAGACCAGGAAGCCAAACAUGAUGAACUCUAAACCUGGCAUGAGCCAGUUGGUGCCAGGGAAUACGUGACACCACGCCACCCGUCGUGGCAGAACAUGCAGUGAGGGUGCAAGGGUCUCUCGGAAGGUGCAUCAUUAGCAAGUAGUAGGUGGGUCACAUAGUACCUGGUGCGUACAUCGGGGUGGGUGGCUACGCAUGAUGAGAAUCUUAGCCUGACUGCCAGGGAUAGUAAACAAAAUCCGUGCAGAGUGCCUUAGCAUGGGAUGCGUCAGGACUGAAAAGGCUGCACUGCCAACAUUAUUUGUGAGCCUUCUGGGAAAUUUUGUUAUUAAAGGAAUAUAGGGUUACACAGAAGUUAGAACCAUCUUGGAGGGAAAAGAAAAAGUGUCCAGGGUGUCUACACAAAGAGGGUUACAUUUUUUUUAAUUUGCUGGUGUUUUAAAAAUGUUCUCCAGACCGGCAGGAGAGGCAAAGAGCAUGUACCAGCAGGGUCCCAGCUCUGGUGACAGCCCUACCUCCUCCUCCUGCACACAUGCACCCACAUACACACCCCCCCACAUAUACACCCACACACACACCCACAUAC